UAACUUGCUGAAGGCGGCAUGGAGCUGCGGUUGGCUGUGGGUGGGAAUGUAAAUUGGAUUUUAAAAAGCGUCUGUAUGAUCCUGCGCUGAGAAGUGGGAUUUAAUUAGCCAGCGCUUGCAAAAGUAUCUUUGCUAGAGAAGGAGAAAUAUGUUGCCAGCAACAAUAGAAAAUGCAAUCAGACAUGAAAAUCAGCGGCUAGCGCACAGGAUUGAAGGGUAGAGAAUACAUUUGUAAAGAGCGCUGGCCCUGGGAAUUGCAGGUGAGUGAGCCUGAUUUCCGUAUCUGGAAAAUCUCUUUCCAGCAAUAUUUAAAGACGGUUCUAAACCCUCAGCUUCAUAGGCUGAUAGGUCAGUAUUAUGUGAUAGAGACUAACCAGCAUAGCUUCUGCUAAGCAACAUCAUGCUCUCAGCCUUUCCAGACUACUGUCCCCCUUUCUGGAGUCUGAUUUGUCUUGUGUACCCCCAAGUUUCACCUCUCUUAAAAACGACUUGCUUAAAAAAAUCAGACCUAAAAAUACAUGAGCUCACAGCAUGCUAUACUGAACAGUUGCUUUCUUUCUUAUUGUUACCAUAUCAUUAUAAAACAAAUCAAUUGGAAUAUAAAUAUUGUACUGACAUUUCAGUGUAUAGUAUAUAGAGAAGUAUUAACAAAUCAUUGUCUGUAUGACAUUUUAAUUUGUACUGACUUUGCUGGUGUUUUUAUGUAGCCUCUUGUAAAACUAGGCAAAUAUCUAAAGGAGCUGCUGUACCCCCUGGAAGAGAACCCCAGGUGGAGAACUACUGCAAAUAGUGGACAAUGGAGAAGCAGUAGACAGGUUUAAUUUGGACUGUCAAAAACUUUGACAAAGCCCCUCACAAAAAGGUUAUGAAGGAAACUAAAUGAUGAUGGGAUGAGAGGUAAAGUUCUGUUCUGGGUUGGAAAUUGGCUAAGAGACAGGAAACAGGAUCAGAGGGGUAGAAGUGAGGUUCUUACCCACGAAAGCUUAUGCUCCCAAUACUUCUGUUAGUCUUAAAGGUGCCACAGGACCCUCUGUUGCUUUUUACAGGAAACAGUAGGUAUACAUGGCUAGUUAAUGAAGAGGCAAAAACUUAAUAGCAGGUCCACACUAGGAGGUUUAAUAUAUUGGUGAUUCGGAAAUGGAGUGGCCUCCUUUGCAGAUAACUAACUGCAAGAGUUUUGAGUCAAUGAUUAACUCGUAACCAUUAACUAACCUAGCUGGGCAAGUCCGUGUCAAUGAAUGCCCGGCAAUGCACAAUGGAGAGAAUGAUUUGAACCCACUGCUGGGUUGUAAAUUGGUGGAAGUGGGUGAAAAUAAAUGGAGGCAAUUUUCAGCGACUCGAGGCAUGGGUUCCCGACUCCACAGGACUUGCUUUUGUGGUUGACUAAGAAGAUUUGUGUCAGCUGCCCAAGGAAAAAGAUUUAAAAAGUAGAAAAUAGUUUAGCUUUGAAACAUGGGCUAAAAACCAGAACAAAUGCUCAGCUGGUGUAAGCACAGACACUGGACAGGCACUGCUUGGAUUUACCCUCUGCAUGUGGCCCAGGGUAGGUGGGACUGGCACAUGGAAAUCACAUGGGAUACACCAUCAACACAGAACCCCUCAUAAUGCCUUUUCCACAGACUCACUGCUUGGGACAGAUCAGUAUUUUAACUCUUCCUUUCUGCUUCCCCCCAGGCUUUUGCCUCUUUUCCCCACCUGACCCCACCCUGCCCCUCUGAAAUCAAGGGGCGUAAUUCUCCAUCUGCCUCGCACUUUGUUGCAGCCUGGUCGCAUCCAUGCAAAGCAAAUGCAAAAGCUCCAACAUUCUGAUCUGGUUGACUUUUGCACCCACCCUGCAUAGAUGUAAAUGAUCCACCUCCAGGGGUAAUUGUAACACACUUAAAGACCUAGAUUGUAUGGCCAGAAGGGACCUCUUUUGUCACUAGUCAGACGUCCUGUGUAGGAUUUCACCUGGAGAUUCAUGCAGUGAAGGUGGGGAUUUUAUUCUUGAUCCUUAUAAAGUGUGUGUCACAGCAGCCUCUGUCCUCCGAGAGGGUAAGAGGCUAUUACUGGCACCAGCUGCUGAAGUUCCUCCUUUAGUUCAAGAGGCUUAAAUAUGUGCUUUGGUGCCAGAAGAUUCUGUGUUCUAAUUCUGCUACUGACCUUUCUCUGUGCGUGGCUCUUUCACAAGGCUGUGGGAACCCUUGUACCCUUAAUUAUUGGGCUCAAGAGAGGUUAUUGUAAUUUGAUGUCCAUGUGGAGCUGAAAUUUAGCCAACGGAUUAGGGUAAUUUCCUUGGGGACAGGUAAACAGGAGGCUUGAAUGCCAUGCAGCAGCGAAAGAGGACCGUGUUUUGUAUAUUGCUUGAAAAUCUUACACUGUUUCAGGACUGAAGUUAUGAAAAAAUUUAAACCAAGCCCUUUUCUCCAAAUUUCCUGCACCAAAUGCCAUGAGAUAAAAUCGCAAGAAUACGACAAUGAGUUUCCAGCCUGCUAAACUGCAGAGACGCUUGAAAAUGUGACCCCUAUAGGCUCAAAAAACAGAGGCCGGUGGGCGAGGCAGGAGCCGCGUCUCACCAUGGAGCAGUAUGUGCUGCUGGACCCCCGGCAGAGGGCCCUGUAUAGGGAUGUCAUGCAGGAGAGCUACGAAACCCUGAUGGCCCUUGAAUUUCCACUUUCCAAGCCUGACCUGCUCUCCCGGCUGGACCGAGGGGAUGAGCCGACAGCCCUGGAUCUCCACAUGCCCAGAGGUGGCCGGGCAGCAGCAGAUGGCACUGCCAGUGGGAAAGAAGAAGAGAAACCCCAGCAAGCGAGCCCAGAGGAGCCGGCCUCGGAAAAAGCCGACGGCGCUGGGAAGGCUCCCCAAAGCCCCGAGAUGGGGGAGAAGCCGCCGGCUAACAGCGGGGAGAGCCCCAACACUUGCCCCGAGUGUGGCAAGACCUUCAGCCACAAGUCGGCGCUGGCCAAGCACCAGAAGAUCCACACGGGCGAGAGGCCCCACAAAUGCCCCGACUGUGGCAAGACCUUCAUCCAGCGUUCAGACCUGACCAUCCACCGGCGGGUGCACACCGGGGAGCGCCCCUACGCUUGCCCCGACUGCGGGCGCCGCUUCAGCGUCAGCUCCUCCCUGCUGACCCACCAGCGCACCCACGCGCCGGGCGGCGAGAAGCCCAACCGCUGCCCGCAGUGCGGCAAGAGCUUCACCGACCCCAACGCCCUGGCCCGGCACCAGAAGAGCCACCUGGGCGGCAAGCCAUACGAGUGUGGCGUCUGCGGCAAGGCCUUUGCCUGGAGCUCCCACCUGGAGCGGCACCAGCGCAUCCACACGGGAGAGAAGCCCUUUCAGUGCGGGGAGUGCGGCCGGGCCUUCGCCUGGAGCUCCCACCUGGACCGCCAUAUGCGCACCCACGCAGCGGCCGUGGAGGAGGAGGAGGCCGAGGAGGAAGCCCCGCCCCCGCCUCAGAGAUGUGCCGACUGCGGUAAGCGCCUCAACCACCAGACGGACCCACAGCGCUUCAAGCACAAGGGGACGCAGACCCAGGAUGGCGGCGGGGUGGUAGAGGAGCCCGACCAGGUUGAGGAGAGUGGCCCUGAGCGGCCCCACCGCUGCCAACAGUGCGGCAAAUGCUUUAGCCAGAGCUCGAACCUGCUCAAACACCAGCGCGUGCACACGGGCGAGCGCCCCUACGCCUGCCCGGACUGCGGGCGCCACUUCCGCUGGGGAUCAGCCCUGGCCAAACACCGGCGCACCCAUGCCCGGGAAAAGCCUGCUGAGGACCCGGUGCCAGCCCAUGACACCGGCGCUGCCGGCAAGCCGUACCCGUGUGGGGCCUGCGGGAAGAGCUUUGGCUGGAUCUCACACCUGGAGCGUCACCGGCGCAUCCACACAGGAGAAAAGCCCUACCGGUGCGGGGAGUGCGGGCGGGCCUUUGCCGUCAGCUCCCACCUGGAGCGGCACCGGCGCAUCCACACCGGCGAGCGGCCCUACCGCUGUGGCGACUGCGGCAAGAGCUUUGCCGUCAGCUCCACCCUGCUGGCUCACCGGCGCACCCACGCCACCCGGGAAGGGAGGCCUCACCAGUGCCCUGACUGUGGCAAAGGUUUCACCGCUGCCGCAGCCCUGGAGCGGCACCGCCGGCUGCACCGGGGUGAGAAGCCUUACCAGUGCGGCGUUUGUGGCAAAGGCUUUGCCUGGAGCUCACACUACGACCGGCACCGGCUCACCCACACCGGAGAAAAGCCCUUCCCUUGCGCCCAUUGUGGCAAGCGCUUCGGCCGCAGCUCCCACCGCAACCGGCACCAGCGGGCCCAUGCCCAGGCUGGCGCAGAGAAACGGCACGUCUGUCCCGACUGCGGCAAAGCCUUCAGCCUCAGUGCGGCCCUGGCGGCCCACCAGAGACUCCACGCCGCCGGCACCAACAGCCCACUCUCCCUGCUGCCGCCCACCUGGUGGGAGGCUGAGAGGAGGACCGGGACAACCACGCCACCGCCUGAGGCCUGGGCUGAGGAUCCUGCUACCCACUUCCAAUGCCCUGUCCCCUCCUCCUCCCCGACUGCCGCCCCCCGGGCCUGGGCGACCAAGUCUCUCUCAGCUCCUGGCGCAUGGAGACCAGGGGAAAGGGAGGCCAGUGUUGCUGCCCCUCCAGAGAGCUGGGCCCAGCAACCUCCUCCCAGCUCCUAACAUGGCUAAGCAGGGUGUGUGGGGGGGAAGGGGGAACCCCUGUCUUUGGAGUGAGCCAGAAACACCCCCUGCCCUGGAGGGGGCUGGGUGGGGGACUGGCAUGUUCUCCCCCCACCCAGGGGAUUCUUUGAGGGUAGGGGGGAGUGGCAAUUUCCCCCCUCGCACUGGCAACAUUAUUCACUGCUGAUGCAGGAAAAUGGGCCUUGAGCCUCCUGGUAGCUGAGACCCCCUUCCCCCCCCACCACCCUGAAUGCCCUAGAGCCAGGGGGUUCCCCCCACCCACCCCAUACCCAGGCGGAAAUGAGAGCUAGAAGGGUGGAGGGCUGGGUCUGGGAUAGGGACUAGAUGAGAGGGA